CAUCAAGAAGCAACAGUUUAAAGCAUUAUCAGGAAAAUGUGCUUCUAAACGGAAUUCUAGCAUUGGAAAGAAACUGCUUCCCUUGUUUAUCACCUGCAGCGUUCACCCAUGCAUUGGUAUUAGUAUCUAUAACAAUGAGUGAAAAAGAUUCUAUAUCCAGCCAGGAUAUCCCGAUUGUACUACGUGCCCUGGGGACAUUGGCUCUGGCAGCUGUCACAGCUGUAGCCAUCAGAUGGUUUAUUUCAUGUGACAAAGCGGAAAAGGAUAAAGGCAAGUCAACGUUCCAGGGCAACCAAGAACCAACAGAUGAUGGACAAUCACCAAGGUAUGAUCCUAAGGCAGAUGAAGAAAUCCUGGAAAAUAAUACAAAGGAACCUCAGGUUAGUGAUGAACAAGGAAUUACAUUUUCGGGAUUUGAUUGCUUUUCCGGUGACAUUUUGAAAAGUUCUACAGACACAUCUUGUCCAAAUAUUGUUGAUAUCAAAGAAGAUCGGCAAUGUCUGACUGAUCACCAAGGACUGUUAGGUGACUUAACACCUCUAUCCUGCAAACUGGACAAUGUGGAGGAAGCCCAAAGUGGUUUGCACAAUUUAGAAGGAGCAAUUGUCAGUAUUUCAGGAGUACUUAGUGAAACUGUGGAUGAUAAAACAAAUUACACACAGAAAGAAGUAUUUUCUAGCUGCUUCACACAGACAUGUGAUAAGAAAUCUUAUGAAAGUUCACAGGAGCAGCAGCUCAACACUAGAACAAGUUCACUCAAUGGUGAGUGCGCUGAUGUUAUGAAUGUAGAGUGCCAGGGGUAUAAAAGCCAUCCUACUGGUGAUGACAACAUGGUGUCUGAAUUAUGUUUAAAGCACAAGAUUGUAAAUGUGAGUUUGGAUGAAGACCUAUUUAAUAAGGAUACCUGUGAAAUGAAUGGAAAUUUAUAUUGUGACUCUGAUAUAAACAUUGAAAAUCAUGCCAAUCCCUGUGUUGAGAAGAAUGACAACAUGUCCCGUUCAGCUAGCGGCAUGAAUCUAGAAGACUAUACCAAGGAACAUAUCAAUAAAAGAGAAAACCCUGUGAAUACAUAUGCCCUGGGCCUUCCUCCAUCACAGGAGAGCACAAAUAUAUUCAUAGGGGCUUGUAGUUUACCUUCUCAUGAAGUUCUUACAAGAUGUCAUAAUACUGAACAGCAGACAAUCUAUACAACAUUCAACAUGCAGGAUAUACCUCACACUAUAGAUGUAAUACAAGAGGCUAAACAGACCACCAAAACCUUAUCUAGUGAAAACACUGUAAUUACAAAUACAGUUUAUAAAGGUGAAAAAUUAUAUUUUAAACACAAGAAUCACAUUACAUGCGCACAGCAAUCCACUAUGGAGCACACGAUCUGUGUGACUUCUGAAGACAUACUAGAAGAAGCAAAUGAAAAUAUGAACUUUUCCAGUAUUAGAUCCUUUCCAGCUUCUACACAUAUUUCUGAAGAGCACCUGGCUGUUCAAGAGAAAAAUGGGAAAUCAUUUUCAUCAGUCCAUAAUAAUCCUAAUGGAAAACUUGAUGGUCAGAUUGCUGAUGGUUCCCAAAACCCUAUGGAGUUGCUAUACUUACCUAAAGCUGGUGCAAUGGAUGGAAGGAAAAUCAAAAACACAAUUUCUCAUCAUGCUAACCAUGUACUGCAAUGGAAUACUACAACUGUGCAUAAUUCUACAGAAUUUAUUGAUCUGAUGUACCCACUGGAUUUUCAAGCACCUGAAAAUUCAAUUACUCCUCUUAUCGAAAAAAAUGAAGGCCUAAUCGAUAGAGAAGACACUACAUCACUUUUAACGGAGAAAUCUAUUUCUAUGUGUACAGAAAGAGAAUACAAUAAUUUGGAUGCUGAUGUGGAAAAUUCAUUUGAAAGUUCUACAUGUCACAAUAUGACACAUAAUGAACCUGCAUGGAGCACUAAGUCAAGGAAUAUGGUAUAUCAUCCUUCCAUUCUCAACACUUUCAAGUCAACAGUGGUCUCCAAGAGUGAGACUCAAAGUGUCCAAGCAAUGAGUAGUGAAAAAAAUAAUGAUGUCAUCUACAGCUUGCACACACAUGAUGCUAACUUACUUACCGUGGACAAAAACAAGUUCUGCACAGUCAUCACUAAGGGAUAUUUCAGUAGGUAUGAUAAACAAGACUACAACACUUCUGAGUACUUUUCCACAAAAUAUAAACCAGACGAGUUAUUUGGUAUACAUGAAACAUCUAGCUCUUCCAUACCCCUGUCAAACUUUAUGCAAAAUGCUGAGACACGUGUAGAAGAAUCUUCCUGUAGGAGCUCAUUCUCCUGCAAUGAUAGCCAUACUGUGUCAAGUGUUAUGAUGGACCUGUCCAAGAGUGAGCUAAAAUGUCAAGACACUAUGCAAGCAAUAAAGAAAGACGAUCAUCUUUUCAAAGAAAACCUGAAUGUACGUAUGAUGGAGGAAACAACUGACUCUGCUGAUUCCUUAAAGUCUCCAGCUCAAAAUCUUGGACAGGGUAAUCUUGAUUACAUGGACUCCAUUUCCAGUGAUCCAUGUUCUGGACAAGUCUCUAUUACAUCUUUCUCAACAAGUGCUUAUCAUAAUGAGGAACAAGAUAAAUCAUUACAAAGUCGAUAUAAAAAAGGAUCGGAUACAGUAGAAUCUGAUCUUCAAUCAUUUUCCAGGGAAAAAAUAAUGUCCACUAUUGCAGAAACUUCAGAGCUCAUUUUACCAGAAUACCAAUCAGUGUUCACAUCUCAAAGGAAGAAGCCCCUAAUGACUAAGAGCUGUGAUAACAUAUAUUCUGGGCCUUCAAGCCAUGAAUCAGCAAUGAAAAACAAAGCACAGAGCAUGCUAUGUUUACUUACAGAAUAUUACACUACAAAACUACAUUCCUUGGAGAAAGGACCACUUGAAGAAGUAGCAAGAGGAUGUUUCAUUCGUAUUCCAAAGGGAUUUCAGAAUAUACAUGAAGGUGUAAGGUUUCAGCUAACUCUGGGGAACUGCCUGGAAUUGUUAAAGUUAGCCAGAAAAAAUGGUGUGCCUGAACUUCUGAAGGCCAUCUACACACUAAUCAGUGACAACUACUUAAAUGUGCUGAAGAACUCUGCUAUUUAUGGCCAGUUAACAGGUUUGGAAAGAGAGAAAAUCCUCCAGUUGAGAAUGAGAGGAAAAUUGUCUCUUUGCAUAAUUGAAACACAAAGUAUAUUUGGCUUAAACAAAAAUAUCAGCCGCUCAGAGGACAUAGGUCCAGACCAACCUAAAGACCAGCUUUACUCACUAGACAUGGACUCAAAUCAAUGGACAAGAGUCACUAAUAUUCCUGAGGAAGCCUGCCUUAAAGGCUGUAGUAUCUGCUCUAUGCAGAACUAUCUAUUCAUUGCAGGAGGCAUCCAAAAGACCGAAAGAGGCUUAUGUUCCAACAAACUAUUUUGUUAUAACCCUCUAACUGACAUCUGGACACAACUCACACCAAUGAACCAAGCAAGGUCCCAGCUGAAGCUUGUCCCACUUGAUGGCUACCUUUACGCCAUUGGGGGAGAAUGCUUGCACACAAUGGAAAGAUAUGAUCCAAGAUCAAACAAAUGGACCUUUGUAGCAUCCCUCCCCAAGGGCUCCUUUGCUGUGGCCCAUGAGGCUGCAGCCUGUGGAGGAGAACUUUAUAUAUCAGGCGGACAUUUAUUCUACAGGCUAUUAAAAUACAAUCCUGUUCGAGAUCUGUGGGAAGAAUGUCCUUUCAAUGCCAGCAAGGGCCGUUCUUGUGACAUGGUAGCAGUUGGCCAUAUCCUUUAUAGAUUUGACAUGCACAAGGACUCCACUGUUCAUAUUUUCAAGUAUAACACCACUGCCAAAGUGUGGUCUGAAUAUACAACUACUUUUCCAAAUAGCAAAGUUCCUUUUAGAUGUGCAGUUUUGGAUGGUACCAUCUAUUGUUUAAACCGGGAGAUGACUGCACGUUUUUCACUGGAGGAGGAAAAAGCAAUGUUUGAGUCAACUCUGUUCAACAAAGUUCCCACUAAGGGGGUAGGCUACCCUUGUCCUGUGGUGUUAAGCCUACAAGGGUCAUUGUCUCAAACAUCUGUGUAAAUAGUGGAUACAUCUGUCUAAUAGUUCAGUGUAUAGUUUUUGGGCUCAUAUACAGUAAAUAAUCCUAAAUUAGCUUCAUAUUCAAUUCCAUUCUAUGUCCAAAAAAAAUGGGGGUAAUUUAUUAUUAGCUAUAGACCAAUUUUUUGGUGUAUAUAUGUCGCAGAUUCAGUCGCAAAGGGUAUUUUUUCCACUUCACGACAGGUCUAAAAAAAAAUGGGAAGGGGCCCAUCUCAUUUAUCAUUUUCCUGUUUUAGGUAUAGAAAAUUAUCCUAAUCUACGCCAGCAAGGGAGCUGG